GGAGGAGGAAAGAUGGCCGCCGCUCUCAGCUGCAAGGCGAGGUGAGAGGGAGAGAAGAGGUCUUGUAGUACCUUCCCCGCACUCUCUACUCCGCCGCAACAACUACGACGCGUCCCUUUUUCACGUCUCCCGGAUAAGCAGGACUGAGGAACUUGGUCUUCUGUUCCAAGAUGUCAAGUCUGAUGUCUCAGAGUUUGGUGACGUAUGUGGAAGAAGAGAAUGUUCCUGCAUUGAAGGCACUUCUGGAGAAGUGCAAAGAUGUGGAUGAAAGGAAUGAAAAUGGACAGACUCCACUGAUGCUUGCCGCCGAGCAAGGCAAUUUAGAGAUUGUCCAAGAAUUGAUAAAGAAAGGUGCCAACUGCAACUUGGAAGAUUCGGAUAACUGGACAGCUCUUAUCUCAGCAGCUAAAGAGGGGCAUACUGCCAUUGUGUCGGAGCUACUGAAGUGCAAUGUGAAUUUGGAACACCGAGACAUGGGUGGCUGGACAGCUCUGAUGUGGGCCUGCUACAAGGGCUGCACAGAAGUCGCUGAGCUGCUUCUUGGAAAAGGAGCUAAUCCAAAUAUCACUGGCCUGCAAUACAGUGUGUACCCCAUCAUUUGGGCUGCAGGGCGGGGCCAUUCUCGCAUAGUCCAACUCCUCCUUCAGCAUGGAGCGAAAGUCAACUGCUCUGAUAAGUACGGUACUACCCCAUUGAUCUGGGCAGCAAGAAAGGGUCAUCUGGAAUGCGUGAAAUAUUUGCUGCACAUGGGAGCAGAUGUUGAUCAGGAAGGAGCUAAUUCCAUGACUGCACUUAUUGUAGCAGUAAAGGGCGGUUUUACAGAUUCAGUAAAAGAAAUUCUGAAGCGGAAUCCGAAUGUAAACUUAACAGAUAAAGACGGGAACACGGCCUUGAUGAUUGCCUCAAAGGAAGGCCACAUUGAAAUCGUGCAAGAUCUCCUAGAUGCGGGAACCUAUGUGAACAUUCCUGACAGGAGUGGAGACACUGUGCUGAUUGGAGCUGUCCGAGGGGGCCAUGUUGAGAUUGUGAGGGCCCUGCUUUCCAAGUAUGCUGACAUAGACAUUAGAGGUCAGGAUAACAAAACUGGCCUGCAUUGGGCUGUUGAGAAAGGAAAUGCUACGAUGGUCAGAGAUAUCCUACAGUGCAACCCAGACACUGAAACAUGUACGAAGGAUGGAGAAACACCUCUAAUAAAGGCCACCAAGAUGAGAAAUAUUGAAAUAGUGGAACUUCUGCUUGACAAAGGAGCUAAAGUUUCUGCUGUAGAUAAGAAAGGAGACACUCCCCUUCAUAUUGCUAUUCGAGGGAGAAGCCGCAAACUUGCAGAGCUGCUUUUAAGAAAUCCUAAGGACGGCAGGCUCCUUUACAGGCCCAAUAAAGCAGGAGAGACACCUUACAACAUAGACUGCAGCCACCAGAAAAGCAUUUUGACUCAAAUAUUUGGUGCCAGACAUUUAUCGCCAACUGAAUCUGAUGGUGACAUGCUGGGCUAUGACCUUUACAGCAGUGCACUGGCUGAUAUUCUUAGCGAGCCAACCAUGCAGCCCCCUAUCUGCGUGGGACUGUAUGCUCAGUGGGGAAGUGGAAAAUCUUUUCUGCUGAAGAAACUUGAAGAUGAAAUGAAAACUUUUGCUGGGCAGCAGAUCGAACCUUUGUUCCAGUUCUCCUGGCUUAUUGUAUUCCUUACUCUUUUGUUAUGCGGAGGCCUUGGUUUGUUACUGGCAUUCACAGUAGAUGCCAAACUGGGCAUCGCAGUGGCUCUGAGCUUACUGGCACUACUGUAUGUAUUUUUUACCGUGAUCUACUUUGGUGGCCAGAGAGAAGGCGAGAACUGGAACUGGGCCUGGGUAUUGAGCACAAGGCUGGCAAGACACAUCGGCUACAUGGAGCUGCUCCUCAAACUCAUGUUUGUCAAUCCUCCUGAGCUGCCAGAGCAGACGACAAAAGCGUUGCCUGUCAGAUUUUUAUUUACAGACUACAAUAGACUGUCCAGUGUAGGUGGAGAAACGUCACUGGCUGAGAUGAUUGCCACACUUUCAGAUGCUUGCGAGAGAGAGUUUGGUUUCUUAGCAACCCGGCUUUUUCGAGUGUUCAAGACUGAAGAAACUCAAGGGAAAAAGAAAUGGAAGAAGACCUGCUGUCUGCCAUCCUUUGCUAUUUUCCUCUUCAUUUUGAGCUGCAUAGUGGCUGGGAUCACUCUCCUCGCCAUUUUUAAUGUGAAUCCCGAGAACAUGACUGUGAAUGCAAUCCUGAUAUCAUUCGUCUGCGUUGUGGGCUUGGCCUUCAUAUUGAACUGUCGCACUUGGUGGCGCGUGAUGGAUUCAGUCUUGAAUUCCCAGAGAAAACGGCUUCAUAGUGCUGCUUCAAAGCUUCACAAACUGAAAAGCGAGGGGUUUAUGAAAGUUCUUAAAUGUGAAGUAGAGCUGAUGGCCAAAAUGGCCAAAACCAUCGACGGCUUCACUGAGAAUCAAACCAGGCUUGUGGUGAUAAUCGAUGGACUAGAUGCGUGUGAACAGGACAAAGUUUUACAGAUGCUUGACACAGUUCGAGUCUUAUUUUCCAAGGGCCCAUUUAUUGCCAUUUUUGCUAGUGAUCCACACAUCAUCAUCAAGGCAAUCAAUCAAAAUCUAAACAGCGUGCUACGUGAUUCGAAUAUAAACGGACACGAUUACAUGAGAAAUAUAGUCCACCUGCCUGUCUUUCUUAACAGUCGUGGACUCAGCAGUGCCAAAAAGAUGAUGGUGGCUUCAACCACAAACGGAGAUAUUCCAUAUGCAGAUGGAUCAGCGUUCCACGAGGAUGCUGAUCGAAGGGUUUCGCAGAAUAGCCUGGGAGAUGUGACUAAGCUUGGAAGCAAAACAGCUCUCAACAGACGGGACACCUACAGAAGACGACAGAUGCAGCGUACCAUUACGCGUCAAAUGUCUUUUGAUUUGACCAAGCUGCUAGUAACAGAAGACUGGUUCAGUGAUAUCAGCCCCCAGACCAUGAGACGCUUGCUUAAUAUUGUUUCUGUGACAGGGCGUUUAUUGAGAGCUAAUCAGAUCACUUUCAACUGGGAUAGGCUGGCUAGCUGGAUCAAUUUGACAGAGCAGUGGCCAUAUAGAACAUCUUGGCUUAUAUUGUAUUUGGAAGAAACUGAAAACGUCCCUGAUCAGUUAACUUUAAAAACGAUCUAUGAAAGAAUUUCAAAGAAUAUUCCGACUACGAAAGACGUUGAACCUCUUCUUGAAAUAGAUGGGGACAUUCGCAACUUUGAAGUGUUUUUGUCUUCUCGAACUCCUGUUCUCGUGGCACGUGAUGUGAAGACUUUCUUACCAUGUACAGUAAAUCUUGAUCCAAAGCUCCGAGAAAUCAUUGCAGAUGUGCGUGCUGCGAGAGACCAGAUUAACAUUGGAGCAAUCCCAUACCCCCCAUUGCCUUUACAAGAGCCAGCUCCUAGAGCAUCUUCGGUCUUCAGCCAGCAGUCCUCUGCCUGCUCUUCAACACAUUCCUUUAACGGGCCUUUCAAUGGAGGAGUCGUAUCUCCACAACCUCACAGCAGCUACUACAGUGGUAUGACAGGACCCCAGCAUCCAUUCUAUAACCGACCAUUCUUUGCCCCAUAUGUUUACAUGCCAAGGUAUUACCCUGGCAAUUCUCAUCUCAUCCCACGUCCAUCAAUAAAAUCGAGUUUGUCCAGAGAUCAGAGUCUAGAUAUGAUCGAGGAGGAUGUUGAUGAGGGGCUUCCUUCACCCACAAACCCCUCCAUGCAGUGUAAAACUGGGUUAAACAGACAGAGACAGGGAACAGGAACAAUCCAAGGGGCAAGCGCAGGAGUGCCUCCUGUGCCUUUGAGCUCCAUGUCAGUUGAUGCUGUGUGUGAAAAACUGAAGCAGAUAGAAGGGCUCGACCAGAGUAUGGUGCCUCAGUACUCUGCAACGAUAAAGAAGGCAAACAUAAAUGGUCGUGUUUUAGCACAGUGCAACAUCGAUGAACUGAAGCGAGAGAUGAGCAUGAAUUUUGGUGACUGGCAUCUUUUCAGGAGCACCGUAUUGGAAAUGAGAAAUGCUGAAAGUCAAGCAGUCCAUGAAGAUUCUCGCAUGGCAGCUGAAAAUUCCAAUUCACACAAUGAUCUUGCUCGUCGGCCUGCACUGAAUAGCGAGUUGCCUCAUACAGAACUUACAGGCCUCUCUGGUCAACCCCCCUAUGCUCUCAACUUCAGCUUUGAAGAGUUAAACAACAUUGGUUUAGAUGAAGCCCCUCCGCGUCAUAGCAACCUCAGCUGGCAGUCGCAAACCCGAAGAACUCCAAGUCUUUCAAGCCUCAACUCUCAAGAUUCUAAUAUUGAAAUUUCAAAGCUUACUGAUAAGGUACAGGCAGAGUAUAGAGAUGCAUAUAGAGAAUAUAUUGCUCAGAUGUCUCAACUAGAAGGGGGUGCAAGUUCUAGCACUGUGAGUGGCAGAUCUUCCCCACAUAGCUCAGCAGCUUUUUAUAUGGGCCAGAGUACAUCAACAGGCUCCCUACAGUCUAGCACUGAGCAAGAUAAGUCAAAGGAUGCCGAACAGAAACUGGACGACGGACGGAAGUCUUUCUUGGUUAAGCGGAAUGAUGUAGACUACAGUACGUCAGGUGUGUCUACUAGCGAUGCAUCUCCGUUGGAUCCCAUUACUGAAGAAGAUGAAAAAUCAGAUCAGUCAGGCUCCAAGCUUCUGUCAGGGAAGAAGUCUUCAGAAAGGACCAGCAUUUUCCAAGCUGCAGAUCUAAAGCUAAAGGGAGUAGCUUUGCGCUACCAGAAACUCCCAAGUGAUGAAGAUGAAUCUGGAACCGAAGAAUCGGAUAACACUCCACUGCUCAAGGAAGGUAAAGACAGAAAAGCGGAAGGGAAGACGGAGAAGCUGCCGAAAUCCCCAGAACAUGGGCCUGAACCCAUUAGAACCUUCAUUAAAGCAAAGGAGUACUUGACGGAUGCUCUCUUGGACAAGAAGGAUUCCUCUGACUCUGGAGUGAGGUCCAGUGAAAGCUCUCCAAACCACUCCCUUCAUAAUGAUGGAGAUGACUCACAGCUUGAAAAAGCUAAUCUCAUUGAGCUGGAAGACGACGGGCGCAGCGGGAAAAGGGGAAUCCCUCUUAGCUUAAGUGGCCUUCAAGACCCCACAUUGGCCCGUAUGUCAAUUUGUUCAGAAGAUAAGAAAAGCCCUUCAGACAGUAGCUUAAUAGCAAGCAGUCCUGAGGAGAACUGGCCAGUUUGCCAGAAAGUUUACAAUCUGAACCGGACCCCCAGCACAGUCACUCUGAAUAACAACAGUGCCCCAGUCAACAGAGCCAAUCAGAAUUUUGAAGAGAGCGAAAGCAUCCGAGAGCCUUCUCAAAUCAUCCUGCGCCCCGGAUCAAGUUCUAAUUCAGUUGCAGUGCAGAAUGAUAACCUGAAAGGCGUGGCCCACAAGCGAAGCCAGCGCUCCAGUUAUGUCAGGCUUUCAAAAGAUUCUUCUGAGCUCCUUGCUGUUACUGGCUCUGAUGCUGCAGGCUUUGGGGAAGAGAGGGAGAGUAUUCUUUGAGAGGUGCCAGUUCACACAGCGUACUCAAAUAUCGCAUUUUAAUGCUUUCCCUCUACUACAUACUCUCCGGUUGUCCCUGAUCAGGCUUUCUGUUGGUUUACCUCCCCGUAUCAUGGUUUAGCGCAGGGUUGUCCGACUCUGGCGGACUACAAUUCAUGAACUACAGUUCAUGGACUACAGUUCCCAUCAGCCCCUGCCAGCAUGACCAAUUAGCCAUGCUGGCAGGGACUGAUGGGAAUCAUAGUCCAUGAACUUCUGGGGCGCAAGAGUUGGCCACCCCUGGUUAGAGUUCCUCUCUUCCCCCUAUCCGAGACAUCAUCAUGAAAAAUUAAGGGCCUAGUCCUGCAAUAGUUAAGUAUCUCUGAGUCCCAUAGAUUUCAGUGUGUGCUUUCAACUUGGGGUGAGAUAACGUCCAGAGUAAAUGAGCAGUCCCUUCACAAAUAAAGGCAGUGUUUAACUUUUCCUGGGGAAGCAUAAAUUCCAACAGCUAAAAAGGAUUUUUUUUAGUAUUGAGAAGAUCUUGCAGAGAAAUAAAUGAUUUUUUAAGCAAACCUUUCCAAUUGGUCAUUUUAAAAACUUAAAUUAACUUGUUGAAUAGGAUGGAGAUUAUUUUAUGCCAACUGAAGCAAAAGGGCAGAAUAUUCCAUACCUUUAGAAGUAGCUACUGCUAAGUUACAUUUUUAAGUGUUGUAUGUGACGGUUGAGUAGUGAUGGUUCAAGUGCUGAUCCGAAAGUGGUCUUAAAUUCAACUUUUAUUUAUUACAUUUCAUUAAAUGAUGUGGUCCUUGGAAACAUUACAUGUAUAAGAAUGCGAUCAAGUUUUAAAAGGAUUAUUGCAUGUUGAAAACGUUAGCUGUGCCUAAGAUUCGAUGUCAUUGGAUGAAUUCUCUGUAGUUGGAUAUAGUCAUGUUCAAGGAAUCUCAUGAAGUGCUUGUGACCGUGGUGUUAGAUGAAGUCGUAUUCAGGCUGGUGCUAGGAAGUAACCUUUUUGUACUUUUUAUGAAGUGUUUUCAGUUUUUAAGUAAAUAGCUGCAGAUUGACAUGGCUUCACCUGAUCGUGGAAGACGAAGGAGCAGUUAAGUGGAUUCCGCACAGCAUGUAUAUAAUGGGUUGCAGUCGUUAUAAAUGAACUUGUUUUCCCUUUUUAUGAAUGGAAAACAAAUUCAUUUAUAACGAUUGCAAUUCAUUAUCAAUAUGCUGUGCGGAAUCCACAUUAGAAGCUGCUGUGGCCUUGGGAGCAGUUAGAAAGCUGACGUUUAGCUUAAUGUAACAAAUAAACUCCUGUCAUUUCCAGUAGAUGUCAGUAAACUGUACUACAAAUGAAACAUGCAUGGAUUUCACAGUGAUUGGUGAAUUUGUAUGUAUUGCACUAGUAUAGAGGGUAAUAAAGUAUGCUGCUCUUGUUUCUGAAGAUUUUA